AUGGCAAAUAUUAGGUGUUUAAUCUCUUUGGCUGCACAGAACAAUUGGAAAUUGUUUCAGCUAGAUAUCAAUAAUGCCUUUCUACAUGGCACUCUUCAUGAAGAAGUUUAUAUGAAGAUACCAGAAGGAGUUUCUGCUCCUGCAGGACAUGUUUGCAGGCUUAAAAAAUCCUUAUAUGGCCUUAAGCAGGCACCUAGGCAAUGGUUUGCCAGAUUGGUGGAAGAAUUGCAGUUUCAAGGGUUUUCUCAAUCAAAGAAUGAUUAUUCUCUUUUUCUGAAGAAAGAUGCAGAUGAUAUUGUUUUGGUUGCUGUUUAUGUUGAUGAUAUUAUCAUCACAAGAUCUAAUGAACAAUCAAUUUCUGAUUUAAAGACUCACUUGCACAAGAUAUUCAGCAUCAAGGAUUUGGGAGAGCUGAAUUAUUUCCUUGGCAUUGAGGUUUGCAAAUGUGACAAUGGUUAUGUGUUAACUCAAAAUAAAUUUACAAAAGAACUUCUGCAGGAUUGUGAGUUUGAUCUUUCUAAACCUGCUAGUGCUCCAUUUCCUUCUGUUUUGAAGCUUUAUUCUGAUCAAGGUGAUUUGUAUGACAAUCCCGCUCUAUAUAGAUGUUAUGUUGGGAAACUAAACUUUCUCACAAAUACAAGACCUGAUCUUGCUUUUGUUGUUCAAUCCUUGAGUCAGUUUAUGCACUCUCCAAGACUUCCUCAUGUUCAUUCUCUUCAUCAUACAUUGAGAUAUGUUGCUAGUACAGUUGGUCAAGGUAUUUUGCUUCAAGCUACAGACCAGCUAACUCUAAGAGCUUUUUGUGACUCAGAUUGGGCAGCAUGCCCUUUCACAAGGAAGUCUGUCACUGGUUAUGUACUCCUUCUAGGUAACUCUCCUAUUUCUUGGAAAUCCAAGAAGCAAAGUACUACUUCUAAGAGUUCAGCAGAGGCUGAAUACAGAGCUAUGUCUCAUGCUUCAGGGGAGGUUGAUUGGUUGGUCAGACUUCUCACUGAAAUGGGUUUAUUUGACUUGAAGCCUGUAAAGCUGUAUUGUGACAGUCAAUCUGCUAUUCACAUAGCUAAAAACCCAGUCUUCCACGAAAGAACUAAACACAUUGAGGUGGACUGCCAUUUUACCAGAGACAAGGUCCUAGAGGGUUUAAUUGAGCUUUGUUAUCUUCCUACAGGACAACAACUUGCUGAUGUCUUUACUAAGCAAUUGCCUGUUUCUCAACAGCAGGAUUUGUUAUACAAACUUGGCAUGUUUUUCUCUCCCCUGCCAAGUUUGAGGGGGGUGUUGGAACAUAUAGCUUGA